AUGGAUUCAAGCUUCCCAGACUGGGAUGUUGAAUUCAGAGAAUGGAACGAAAGCUACUUCAUGGAAUCUUCAUCUUGUGACAACAUGUCCCUUGCCAUGAGUUUGCUUUCCAUUAUAAUUGCCUUCAUUGGACUGGCAGGAAAUGCCAUAGUGCUGUGGCUUCUGGGCUUCCAUAUACACAGGAAUGCCUUCUCUGUCUACAUCCUCAACCUGGCUGGGGCAAACUUCCUCUUCCUCUGCCCUUAUAUUGUAUUUUACCUGGUAAAGAUCUCUGUGCAUUAUUACUCCAUCAAUAUUCACAUAAUAUUGCUCCUCAACACUGUCUCCACACUUGCUCACCUUGCAGGUGUGAGCAUGAUCACAGCCAUUAGUGCUGAGUACUGGCUGGCUGUCAUUUUGCCCAAUUGGUUUCAUGGUGGACGCCCAAAACACACAUCAGCUGUCAUUUGUACUCUGCUCUGGGCUUUGUCCCUUCUGUUGAGCCUUUGGGAUGGGAUAAUUUGUGGAGUGCUGGAUCAUAUUUAUAACUGGGAUAUGUGUUGGAAAUUUGAUCUCAUCAUACUUGUAUGGUUACUUGUUUUAUUUGUGGUUCUCGCUCGAUCCAAUCAAGCCCUACUGUUUAGAAUCUUCUGUGGUUCACAGCAGACUCCUGUGACCAGGCUGUAUGUGACCAUUUUGCUUACAGCACUGGUCUUCUUGAUCUGUGGCUUUCCCUUUGAGAUUGGCAGCUACCUCUUAUACUGGAAAACAGAAAUUUAUUUAAUUAUGCCUUGUAAUACUUUUCAUGAGACAAUUCUGCUUCUAUCCUGUGUUAACAGCUGUGCCAACCCUAUCAUUUGCUUACUUGUUGGCUCAAUUAAGCACUGCCAAUUCCAGUGUGGGGGUCUCAGGCUGCUUCUGCAGAGAGCCAUUCAAGACACCCCUGAGGAAGAAGGUGAAGAAGUUGAAGAAGUUGUAGAACAAGAAAGUGAAGAAGAUGAAGAGAGUACUACACUCUAG